GGGAAAUUGUUGCUGUGACUUGAAGUAGGGAGCGUUAUUCUUUUCAGGAGGAUUUUAAGAGCAAAAAAGUUGCAGACAUUUUUCCUCAGCUGGCCGGAAACAACAGCGAAUAUAAAGUCACGAAAACCGGAAGGGAUUUUUUAGUUAUCAUUUAUCUGGUGAAAAAGAGAAGACUGUCCUCAUAAUUGAUUAACGUAAGCGGUCAUUUUUACGUAGUACUAGGAGUUCUCGAGGCUAUUGAAUACGAAUCAGUGCUUUCAUACUAGCAGUAUCUAUACUACAUAACCGCAUAACUGGAAGAUGGCUCCUCCAACAGGAUCCGCGGCGUCGCCUCCUGAUGUGCCACCGCCGCCGACGCGGUUCACGCCGAUUCCGUUUGCGCCACAGAAGAAUAGUGGGCAGUUCCGCAAUCAAACCCACUCCACGAAGACAGGUGCCGUGGACCAAGAACAUACUGAAGGCGUCGUAACGCAGGCAGCCUUGGAUCGCGUUCAUGAGGAGGUAGUCGAGCACUAGUGAAGUCAUAACAUAGACGCUGUGAUAUUUGCGUGAUAUAUACAGUUACAGUGUUGCUGCAUACACCGGUGGGUACACAGACGGACCAUAGGUUCACCUCUCUCGGAUGGAGACGGUCCCUUCACCUCUCUCAUACAAGUAGAUGAUUGAUCACUUGAAGCACAUGAAUAGACGCAAAAUAUACUCCUGACUUUUUUCAACAAUUGUAGAUCGCCGCAGAGAGGCCUGCGAAUAUUGCAGCGGUAACGCGGCCACCAGAACGAGUUUUCGGUGAUAUCGAGGCAAAGCAGGACGCCCGUUAUGGAGCGCGGCCUCUGCCAUGGAAGAAUCCAAAAUUUAAGGGUAGUGUAUCACUAUCCCAUGUGGACUAUGCUCAGUGGAUUCCCCUCAGAAGUGAAGGGGAUUACAAGGGAGGAGAGGGAAUUCAUUCAAGGAGGGAUAGCAGAAACUACCUCUAACAAAUUCUUCUCCAAGGCAGAAUUGGAUGGAAAGUUUCCAAAGGUCCUCCGCGAUCGGGGAUUUGAAAACAUGAAAACUGAUGUCCCGGAAGUGCUAAUGGAGACUGGUAGGUUUGUUUUUUGUAGGUAGUCAUGGUGUUUCUAUUCGACUAAGAUGAAUCAGAUAAGUCUCAUCUCGUGGGUCGACUGUGAGAUGUUGUAAGCAGUCAUUUUUUAUUUUCAUUACUAGUAGCGACGAUCGUAGCAUGUGACUUUUGCCUCUUAUAGGUUGUAAAGCCUCAUUGCUUCUGAUGAAUGCAGGUCGAGCCCACAAUGACAAGAGGAUCGGAAAAAUGCUUGAGAAGCAGUUUUAUGAUAAGAUUAACCGACAGCAGCGCGCGGAAGAGCUAGGGUUACCAGAAUUUGGAAAAUUCCAACCGCCACCGCCAGUGGAUAUGAAGGUAGUAGACCGCAACUAACGAAUAUACAUGUUACAGAAUUGUUACACCCUGUCUCUCGAAGAGACUAGAUAGAACAAGAAGAGGUCUCAGGAAGGCGAUGAAUCCUGCUUACAUGCACCACUUAUUCGACAUUAUCACUCAGAUUAGCUUCGAUUGUGUGGACUUGGACAAAGCUGGGAAUAUCACGAAAGCUAAUUUGCGGCAAGUACUUGCUCAGUGUGGCCACGCGCCCAGCGAGACGGAGCUGGAGAACAUGAUCACGAUGGCGAGUUUACAAAACAAUUCCGAUGGUGAGCCGUGUGUCACUUGGGAAGCCUUCGACUUGCUGUUUCGAUCUCCCAAGGACUUGUUUCAGCGUGUGGACAUGAGCAAAAUCACAGAAGUGGAUGUUUGGUUAUGAUUCAUUUGGUUGAAGUUUCAACAUGAUCUUGAAAUAGUGUAUUUUAUUGCUUGAAGAAAAAUCAUCAAGACUAACAUGGAAAAGUUGAUGACCUUCAAACAGAAUAGGCUAACAGUGCCACUACCACGAUCUGUAAAAUAUAUUCUGUUGUUUUAUCACCUACGCUAUACAAACAAAAUACAGCAGCUCAACAGAUUACCUAAACAUCCUUCUAAUUCCUGAAGUUGGUGGCGGUAUCGAUCUGUAUCGGGAAGCCGGUCAGAGUGCGGAUGUCAAGCCUGUCGACGCUGGGGUCGAGAUUGGUGUGCCUGCGAAGAACAAAGCCCUUGUUCUAGAAUUCUUCUGCGUUGGCGCCCAGACGAUUCUGAAACCUAGUGAUUUGAAACGGUAUUUAUCUACACUCUAUGAUAUCACAACUUCAGGGCGUCCUCGUCAUUUUCAUUUAUCCCAGGAGCAUUAAGUACAAUGUGAUGCAUCAUAAACAGCCGAGCUGUCAAAGGAUCUUCACUCAAACUUCUGCAAGUAGAACCUCUCAAUCUUUAGCUUUACUCUUAGAUCAAUCACAUACCAGGUUGUACCGCGAUUUCCAACGGGUAGCGGGUGAUAGGGAGGAGCUGAACUACGACGAAUUUUUACAAUUCAUCGAGCGACCCCCAAGCGACCAGUGCAAAGAGUUGUUUGAUUUUUUUGAUGCGGAUCAGGGUGGAACUGUCUCACUCAAGGAGUUCAUCAUCGCGUUGACGAACUUCACGAACGCAAAGCCAGAAGAGAAAUUCAAAUUCUCAUUCAUGCUUAUGAACCGAAGGAUCGUGGAUUAUUUACACAUUAGAAAUUGAUAUCAACAGGGUGUGUGUUGCUUCUGUGUUGGAGAUUCUUCUGACGAUAGAUAAAGCUCUCACUUCUGACGAUAGGUAUGAGGCAGUUGUCAGAAAACUAGUGUGAUAUCGUAUUCUUUCUCUCGUCCCCCUUCAUCCUUUUUUACGACGAGGAUCACUCGGAGACGAUCGACGUGAACGAAUUGCGCAGUCUCAUCGCGGCAAACUACAUGUGCGCGGGUUACAUAUCAGAGGAAGAGCUGGAAGAAAAGGUGGAGAACGUCUACGCGAGUAUCAACGCAGACUUCGGCAUGAAUCUGGAUCUGGCUUAUGUUGAGUUGCUUCAUGCUUUCAGAUCAUGUACUUAAAUAAUACAGAGGGUCGUGGUAGGCUGUUCGUUACGUCUGCUAGCUUCUUGCCUUCGGUCAUGAUCAGUAUCAGAGCUAGUCUCUACGGAUGCUAGGAGCAGUAUCAUCGGAAACCGCACACACGAGCUCAAUUUCAGUUUUCUGCACCUGCUUCUAAUGCAUUUUAUUUCUGCGCUGCUGUACGAAGAAUCCGUUAUUGUUUGCGCCGCAUCCUGUUGCGACUCCCGAGAUGGAGGAGCGCAUGCGCAAGGAACAACGCAUGCGUGGGGACCGCGAUGUCCCGCGUACGACACGAAAACAGAAAAAGGAGCAAGAAGCGGCGGCAGGUGCAAUCAAAGAUCAGAAGAAAAAAUGAGAGCUGAAGUACAACUGUGGACGAAAGUUACCGUUGCGCCGUCCUUGGGGACAGAUUUAUUCGCGAUCGAAUAGCACGCGGAGCUAAGCAGGACAACAUCACCUCUGAGGCGCGUCACUCGAGAGUUUGCCACCCGAUGAACGAUACUGGAUGUCAUAGGUAGUUGACGCAUGAUAGACUGAGUGUUCUAUCAGCUACUGCUGCGGCAAUUGUUGCGUGUCGGGAUGCGCAGGCAACGGGGCAUAAUUUCGAUACUUGAAGUGUGCUGUGCGGGCGACCACGAACGAUGAGACAACGUGAGCUCCUAGCGUGAAUGUGCUAGCCGCGGAAAAAAACGGAGAUGUGCAUAGAGACUGCGAGUAUCUUGUGAUUUCGGAGCAAUCGCGAAGUUCCGACGGGGGGAGAUUUCGCGGCGGGACGCGCAGCUUCUGUAGGCUGAAACCAGUGCUCGUGCUGCUCUAAUUAAUACUUUCUAGAUUGUUACAUGAGCCUUUGAAAAUUUGAUUUCGUGACACUAACUUAGCUUCUUGGGAUUGGGUAAGCACUAAUUAUGGAUGAACAAAGCUCGAUCUCGACAUCGGAGUGGUUGUUGCAUUUACGUCUUCAUAUGAGUAAUCCCCCCUUCCCACAUGAAGAUGAGAACCUGCAGGGUUCGAAGAAAUAAUAGAACUUACCUGUCCAGGCCUGCAAUACAUCUAUUUGAAUCUAAUUUCACUGUACUCCUGAACUAGGG